AUGUCAAAGCCGAGAACAUCAAUCUCGCCGUCGAGGAAAUCCUGCCGUGCUCCCGGUGCAGUGAUCGUUUUCACGACAGCUCAAGGUUCGUCUGUCACAACUGUGACAAAACUGCGAAGAGGACAGUCAGCCCAAAAAUCCAAGAAGUUGAAUGAUUUGUUGAAGCAGCUUGUGGGAAAGGAGACGGAUUCUCUGUUAAGAAUUCAAUGCCAAUCGAGGACGAACCUGUUCGACAAGGAAUUCGAAAAGUUGUUCACAAAAGUGCUGAAGUACAUCUCGAGGGCGCUUCAUUUGUUCCAAAGGAUCGAUGAAGUUGACGUCAUCUCCUUGUUUUCUUCGGAGUGUGACCGGAAUAUGGAUCGAAAACUCUGUCAAAUCGAUUAUAUCACGAUGAUUACGCUGAAAUUUCUCAAUGGAAAUGAGUUGAUUGGCUAUUAUCACCGAAAUCAUGAAAGUGGAGUAACAAAAGGAAUCCUCCAGGAAUUCAACAAUUUUGAAGAGGAAAAUAAAGACGGAAAGUUCGAUAAUGUUGCAAUCUCAGCCCCCUCCACCACCUCCAUUUAUCCCAGCUCUCUGUAUAUAAAUAUAUAUAAAUAA